AUGGAUUUUAGCUUCCCAAUUAUCACCCUCUUUGUACAUUUUCUUCUCUUUUUUGCCUUGGCUUGUCCUGUUUAUUCUUUAGAAAUAAGUAGCCACCAAUUAGCGAAUCAACCUUUUCCAUCAGUGCAAGAAAUCCCCAAGUUGAAGAAGACGUUAACAAAUCGUCUUCGGUCCAUCAACAAGCAUGUUGUUAAGACAAUUCAGAGUUCUCAUGAUGAUAUCAUAGAUUGUGUUAUGUCUCAUAAACAACCAGCUUUUGAUCAUCCUCUAUUGAAAGGACAAAAACCAUUGAUUCCUCCGGUAAGACCAAGAGGCAAUAACCAAAAGGAUAUUUUGAGUGACAACUUUCAAUUGUGGAACUUACCUGAUGAAUCAUGUCCGAUUGGAACAAUCCCAAUUAGAAGAACAAAAAAAGAAGAUAUCUUAAGAGCUAAAUCUCUUAAUAUGUUUGGAAGAAAAUCAAAUCGAUUUAGAAGGGACGCUGCUGAAAUUGGACAUGUGCAUUCAAUUGGGUCUGUGACUGGAGAUAGAUACCAUGGAGCACAGGCUACCAUAAAUGUGUGGGCCCCCCAUGUUGAAAACCUAGAUGAAUUAAGCUUGGCACAAAUGUGGAUCGUCUCUGGUACAUUUGGAAAAGACAUGAACACCAUUGAAGCUGGUUGGCAGGUGAACCGGGGCCUCUACGGGGACAAUCUCCCCAGAUUGUUCAUCUAUUGGACAGCUGAUGGAUAUAAUCAAACUGGAUGCUACGAUUUACUAUGCCCAGGCUUUGUUCAAACUAACAAAAAAAUUGCAAUUGGAAGUGCAAUUUCUCCAACUUCUACAUAUAAUGGAGGGCAAUAUGAAAUUACCUUAUUCAUCUAUAAGGAUCCAAGGAAUGGGAAUUGGUGGCUUGAAUAUGGACUUGGAAACCCUAUUGGAUACUGGCCAUCCUCUUUGUUCACAAACUUAAAAGAUAAUGCAACUAAUGUUCAAUUUGGUGGAGAAAUAGUGAAUACAAAGUCAACAGGGGCUUAUACAUCAACCCAAAUGGGUAGUGGACAUUUUGCUGAAGAGGGUUAUGGAAAAGCUUCAUAUUUUAGAAAUAUGCAAGUUGUGGGUUCUGAUGAUAUCUUGAUGCCACUGACAAAUCUGCAGUUUACAGUAGAGCAACCAAAUUGUUAUAAUAUACAAGGAAGAGUUGAUGAAAAAUGGGGAAAUCACUUUUACUAUGGUGGACCUGGAAGGAAUAUGAAAUGUCCCUAA